CUCCAUGUCUGGGAUGCAGUAAUUCAGUUAUAUUUCCACCUUCCUGACUAAUGCUUAAACAACUGGACUCUAGCGGUCACCCGGGAGUCAUAUAACAAUUGUUUAUUGUUGCCAAUUGUGACCGAAUUUUUCCAUGUCCAACCCUCUUCCAUUGGAAGCAGCUCGGUAGAAGCUGUCAAUCAAACGUUAAAGGCGGGGCCAGCAGGCUCCUCAUGCUAUUACUGAGGCAUUUGAUUGGUCAAUUCAUAAGUUGAAUAACUUGCAAUAAAGAAAAAUUAUAAUGAAAAAAGGCGGAUAUCAAGAAGAUGUUACGAAAAUGUAUUUGAGCAAAAAUGUUUAUUCUAUAAAUUAUAAUUAGAUUAAUUAGUGUCCAUUUCUAAAUUUAUUUAUCAGUUUUAGGGAGUUUAUCUUAGCUAGCAGGUGCUAUUUGGAACCUAACAGGGGAGGGGUCAAGCUGUUCAGCAUUUUUAUGGCCAUGGCUCCAUCCCUCCUGCAGGAGCUGUGUUUGAAUCUGAGGGAGAUUCUAUGUGACCCAGUCUAAUUACACGGUUUCCAGUUGUAGUCAGAGGAGAUAAAAAGAUUACAUUUUUAAAAAACGUAAAGUUCUAAUUUUUGAACUUGUGCAUUGGAUCAAAACAUGCCACAGGACUUCUGAUCACAUCUAUAUUUUAACUUAUUGUUGAAACUGUAUGUCCCUGACACACAAAUUGAUUUGGAUGUGAAAACAGCUUUAAAGCUUUUUUAAAUCAUUCUAUUUUGUAAAGUUAUUUCGUAGAAACAAAGCAAAUCAUGCUUGUGUUGUAUUCAGGUACCAAACUACAAGAAGUGUUCAGGUUGUUUCAACACCAGACAGACGCCAAGGCCAGUGGGAUAUUGAACUUCAAGGAGUACAUCAGAAAGUCAUCAUCUCACCAGAAUAGAAGUGAAAGUGGUCUCUGUCUAGGAACCCAAAGAUGGCUGCUGUCCAGAAGCAUGUGCUGCGUAUCUUUGUUGCACGGGACACCGCCCUAAAACUAACUUUAUCUGAACGACCCAAGUCAGUUGAAGAGUUGAAAGACAUUUUGCAAGAGAAGUUCAAGCCAAGACUGGAUGGGGACUUUAGCCUGCAUUAUGAGGAUCCAGACUUUGAUGGUGAUCUUUGCCUUCUUUUGGAUAUCCAAGAGUUACCAGAAAAAGGCACAUUGAGAGUUGUGAGAACUGACAAUGAUACAUCAUCUGUUGGAUCUUCUGACACAGACAUACUGCCACAUGCCCCUGCAUUGCAGCGACAGAAGAGUUGGCCUGAUCAGUUUGUUGUCCCAAGUUUUGGUUAUGAAAUGGAGCAUUUACUUGCAGAAGGAAAUCGUGCUUAUCAAGAAUCAGGAAAACUGCUGAAGCUGAAGAGAUCGCAAAAGAGUGAUAUCCUUAAAAAAAUGGCAGAAACAAUCUACAGUUUCAAACCAUACCCACAUGAAAGGGAAUUGGCAAUGGCUGCCCAAGCUUUGACUGCAGCUCACCCAUGUCUCAAAAUGACACCAGGUGAAGAUGGGGAGCUGGGAUGGAAACGUCACAUUGGGUACAAGGUUGCGUCUUAUCGUAACACACUGGCCAAAGCUGGGGUUGCAGAAGUAGCCAUUAACACGGGGAGGCGAAGUCGAAACAACCCAAACAGUGACCACCCUCAUCAAAACAUCAAGAAAGCUCGAAAAGCAGAGGUUAACUACAUCAUCAACCUGCCCAAGGAUCAAACGCCAGCAACUCUGGAAGGAAUGAGAGAAGAAAUCAUGCAUGAAAUGGAGAAGGUGGAAAGAAACCAGUCGGUCAUAGCCAAGCUCAUGAACACAACCUAUGCUCUUCGUCGCCAAGAGAUCGUCGGGGCUCUUGUCGCUCCACAAGUGAGAGAUGUCAUGAACAGAUGGCCAGCCCUUCUUUUGGAGUCUCAGGU